AUGGUUGGAAAGAUUUCACGAUGCGUUUCCCUUGUCCAUUACCCAAAGCCGAGUGAACUUCAAAAAGAAAAUAGCAAGAACUUGAAACAGAUGUAUCGGAGGUCUUCUGGAACUUUUGCAACUCCAACUCAAAGUAUUAGGCUGAGGAUCUCGCAAUCAGUAAGUGGUAAUGCUGCCACCAUGCAUAGUAGUAGGAGUUCAAUCUCCGGAGCAGGUGACCCAUCAAAUCCUCCCAAAAGAAGACUAGCUGUUGCUGAUGAGCCCACUAGACAAUUGACUAGUUUGCUCAUGAUUCCGGAUAAGUUUUUUUUGCCAGUUGCCUCUUCGAGGUCCUUUCAGUAA